AUGGCUCAUGUUAUGGACAACUUUCAUAUGCCCUUACUUUUAGAAGCAUGGAAGCCGAUAUCAUUUGGACACAAGAGAAGGUGGUGGGAAUGCAUAGCAUUGCCAGAGGAUGUUGAUCCUUCUAAAGAAGCUGUAUUUAGGAUGGAAAUUAAAGAGCUUGCCUUUGAGUGUUCCUUGGUGAUGCUUGAUCAUUAUUUUGUUGGUUGCAUUCCACUCUUUAGUUCUUCUUUACCUUUCCAUGCUAAGUUUGCUAAUAGUUUUUGUUAUUCAGCAAGUGAUCUGGUUGUAGCAUCUUCUGUGGAAGAUUACUUUUUGUUUAUCAAUGAUCUAUCAUCUCCUGAGAAGGAAGAAGCCAAGAAAGUAUCUCAACCAUAUUUGGAUGCCCUUGGUGAUGAGUAUGCAGAUAGAGAUGGUCAAGCAACGAUAGUGGCAUUGAAGCCAAUUUCGAAGGGAGAAGAGGAAGAAGCCAAGAAAGUAUCUCAACCAUACUUGGAUGCCCUUGGUGACGAGUAUGCAGUUUGUUGUGAGGGUAUGCGUAACUUUAACUCAUGA